UGUCGCCUUCCUUCUCGCCCGCUCCCCCACCCCGCCCCGCACCUGGCCUGGCGAACUGCCGUAUCCGGGUGCAUCCCUUCCGUCUCUCAUGGCUGCCGAGGGGCAGCCGGGCGCGGGUGGAGGCUGAGAGCCGGCGGGUCGGGGACCAGAGGGAGAUGAGUUGGUUCAACGCCUCACAGCUCUCGACCUUCGCCAAGCAGGCUCUGUCGCAGGCGCAGAAGUCCAUCGACCGGGUGCUGGACAUUCAGGCCGAAGAGGAGGAGGAGGGCGGCGGCGAAGGGGGCCCCGGUGACGGGCCCCGGCCCCGGCCCGGAGAGGCCGGAAUAAAUUCUCUUACAAGUGGAGGAUGGGAUACUUCUUCCUGGGGGGCAAGCUCAAAUACAGAACCCCAAAGUCAGCCAGCAUCAUCACCAACAGCCAUCACCAAACCAGUGAGGAGGACUGUGGUAGAUGAGUCAGAAAACUUCUUCGGUGCCUUUCUCUCUCCAUCAGAUGUUCAGAACAUACAGCAAGGUCCAGUGGUAUCUACGCCACCUACCAAAUCUCAGCGACCCAAAGAAGAUGUAAAAAGCACAAUACAAGAAUCUCUGCACACUGAUCUUUCAGAAACACAGCCAAAAGAUUUUGCUACAGUUUCCCCCGUCGAACUGAAAAACUUCAGUAGCUCCCAGGAGAACCUGGAAGAAAACCAUUCCUUAGGUAAUUCAGAAGUCAAGCAUGACGAAAACAGUAGUAAAGGUACUGAUCAAGAGGAAUCUCCUGAGAUUCCCAAGGUAGCAGAAUCUGCCGCUAUUGUGAAAUCAGUGUCAGCAAGUGAUGGACCUGGACCUGUGCCUGACAUCUCCGUGCAGCCUCUUUCUGCAGAGACAAAGAACUUAGGCCUGGAAACAAAGGAGCGAAAAAGCGAGGAUCGGCAAAGCAAUACACCUUCACCUCCAGUUAGUACCUUUUCCUCAGGGACAUCUACAACUAGUGAUAUAGAAGUUUUGGACCAUGAAAGUGUAAUAAGUGAGAGCUCAGUCAGCUCAAGGCAAGAGGCUGCCGACUCCAAAGCCAGUCUUCAUCUGAUGCAGACGUCAUUUCAGCUCUUAUCAGCAUCCGCUUGCACAGAAUAUAAUCGCCUAGAUGACUUUCAGAAGUUGACUGAAAGUUGCUGCUCCUCCGAUGCUUUUGAAAGGAUAGACUCAUUUAGCGUGCAGUCUUUAGACAGCCGAAGCGUAAGUGAAAUUAACUCAGACGAUGAAUUGUCAGGUAGGGGAUGCGCUUCGGUAUCUGUUGCCAUCAGCGUCCCUGUACUAAAAAGUGAUGAGGCCGAACCUAUAAAAAACAAAUCUGAAAGUCUCGUGCUGGCUGCAGAAGAAACAGAAAUGGAGGAAAGUGCGCGAAGUGCAACCCCUGUAAACUCUGAGCAGCCAGAUGCCUUGGCUGUUUCUGUGCCAACUGUUGAAGGGCAGACCCAGAAGGAGGACAUGGUGGUUCUUCGGUCCAGAGCGGAGAAGUUGUCCAAUGCGGAGUGUGAAAAAGAAGAGCUUUGCAAGAUUAUUGAUUCCUUGACGGAGAAACUGGAAAUGAGGGAAACUCAGCUAUUAAACGUUAGUAAAGAGAAAGCACACCUAGAAGAAGCUUGUGAUAACUUUAAAGAUGAAAUCUUCAAAAUUAAGGACGAGAACAGUAGCAUUUCAUCUCUCAAAGAAGAGUUUGCUCAACGAAUAGCAGAUGCAGAGAAAAAGGUUCAGUUAGCAUGCAAAGAGAGAGAUGCAGCUAAAAAGGAAGUAAAAAUUCUCAAAGAAGAUUUAGCAACUAGAUUAAACAGUAAUGAAACUGCUGAACUGCUAAAGGAAAAAGAAGAACAAAUUAAAGGAUUAAUGGAAGAAGGAGAAAAGCUUUCAAAACAACAGUUGCAAAAUUCUAACAUCAUCAAGAAACUAAGAAUGAAAGAGAAGGAGAGAGAAAAUACUAAUAUAAAGCAGAAUAAAAAAAUCAAGGAAUUAGAAGAAGAGUUACAUCAUUUGAAAAAGGUGUUGGAUGGCAAAGAGGAGCUUGAAAAACAGCAUAGAGAGAACAUUAAGCAGCUAAAUAGCGUGGUUGAACGACAAGAGAAGGAACUUGUCAGAUUCCAGCUGGAUCUUGAAGAUCUGGAAGAGAAGAAUCGAAGCAUUCAAGCAGCUCUCGACAGUGCUUACAAAGAACUAGCAGAUCUUCAUAAAGCCAAUGCUACAAAGGACAGUGAGGCGCAAGAAGCAGCUUUAAGUCAUGAAAGGAAAGUGAAGGAGGAGCUGAGCUUAACUCUGGAGCGGGCCCAGGAGGAGGCUCGUCAACAGCAAGAGGCUUUAGCCAUUCAGGUAUCAGAUUUGAGACUGGCCCUGCAACGUGCAGAACAACAAACAGCUAGAAAGGAGGAUUAUCUGCGCCAGGAGAUUAGUGAGCUGCAACAGAGACUCCAAGAAGCAGAAACGCGCAACCAAGAGUUGAGUCAGAGUGUUACAUCUGCUACCAGGCCCCUGCUGCGGCAGAUAGAAAACUUGCAAGCAACCCUAGCAGCACAAACCUUGUCCUGGGAGAAGCUGGAGAAGAAUCUUUCAGAUCGGCUCGGGGAAUCUCAAACUGCCCUAGCGGCCCAGGCAGAAAGAGAACGCGCUGCUACAGAAGAACUUCUUGCCAAUAAAAUUCAACUCUCUGCCACUGAGUCACAAAAUAGCAUCCUAAGGCAGGAAAACAAUCGCCUUCAAGCUCAACUCGAGGCAGAGAAAGUCAGGCUUAAGAAACUAGAAAAUGAAAACAACCGGUUUGAAGUUGAACUAGAAAACCUAAAAGAAGAAUAUGUUAAAACUGUGGAAGAAACAAAGAAAGAAAAGACGCUCUUAGCUACUCAACUAGAAAUGGAGAAAAUGAAAGUUGAGCAAGAAAAGAAGAAAGCCCUUUUUGUACAAGAAACUGUGAGAGAGAAGGAACGCAAGUUAUACAUUUCCUCCACACUGGAAACUACGUCAAGCACACCAACUCUGUCACGCUCAAGUUCUAUAAGUGGGGUUGAUAUGGCAGGCCUUCAGGCCUCCUUCAUGUCCCAGGAUGAUCCACAUGAUCAUUCCUUUGGUUCAGUGUCUACAACUGGGAACAAUCUGUAUGAUGCCAUGAGAAUGGGAGCUGGAUCAAGUAUCAUUGAAAAUUUACAGUCACAAUUAAAAUUACGGGAUGGAGAGAUUUCUCAUCUACAGCUGGAAAUUGGAAACCUUGAAAGAACUCGAUCAGCAAUGGCAGAAGAACUGGUAAAAUUAACAAAUCAAAAUGACGACUUGGAAGAAAAAGUAAAGGAGAUACCCAAGCUACGUGCACAACUAAGGGAUUUGGAUCAGAGGUACAAUACCAUUCUCCAGAUGUAUGGUGAGAAAGCAGAAGAGGCAGAAGAAUUGAGGUUGGACCUUGAAGAUGUGAAAAAUAUGUACAAGACUCAGAUUGAUGAGCUUCUGAAACAAAGGCAUAGUUAGUUCAUUGUGGAAUUGUAGCUUGAAAACCGUGUUGCAUUAAACUGUAGAGAUAUUUAUGUAAAUUCAAACAACUUGUAAAGUAUUUGUACUAUAGAGGUGAUUAUAUUCCAGUUCAUAUGUUGGCAAAAAUCAUUGUGUUUCUUGAUGGGCCACUGGUCAGCAGUUAAAUUAUUUGUUAAUAUUUAAAAUCUUAUAUCUGUACCUCAAUGCUCAUUAAAGGCAGGCAUUACCAUCUUG